GUCCUCCGGAAGAGAAAGAAAAGACUUCCGGGGACAGUUGGUGUUGAUUUUCGGGUCAAACCGGUCCGGAUAAUAUCCCAACUUAAUAGCUAAAGACCCUCCGAUGGAUCGAUCCAGCUUCUCCCGGCGGCCGGACAGCUUCGACGGGCUCGGGUACCGGGGGGACCCUCUGUUCGGGUUCAGAGAGCAGGACCAGCUGCAGCAGCACCGGGUCACCGAGCCUCCGGACAUCCCGGGCAGCAGGAACCUGCACCUGACCGGGGACCAGAGGACCGGGGAGAGGACCCCACAGACCGGGGAGAGAGCCGGUUGGGUGGCUCCGCAGCCUGGUUUGCCUCCUGCAGAGCAGCUCAGUCGAUUUGCAGGAUUUGGAAUCGGACUCGUCAGCCUGUUCACAGAGAACGUCCUCGCUCACCCCUGCAUCGUCUUCAGGAGGCAGUGCCAGGUGAACUACCACGCCCGCUGUUACCACCUGAGCCCGUUCAGCGCCGUCGCCGUCAUGUACUCCAUCACCAAGGCCCAGGGACCGAAGGCUCUGUGGAAGGGGAUGGGCAGCACCUUCAUCGUGCACGGCAUCAUGCUCGGAGCGGAGGGCGUCAUCAGUGAGCUCACGCCAUUACCACGGGAGCUUCCUCACAGGUGGAGCCUCAAACAGCUGGCGGGUCAUCUGCUGCUGAAGGGGUUGACGGCGAUGGUGGCUCUUCCCUUUUACUGCGCCAGCCUCAUCGAGACCGUCCAGAGUGAGAUAGUGCGUGACGAGGCAUCCUCCGGACUACUUGACUGUCUGCGUGAAGGCGUGACGCGGCUGCUGGGUGUCGGCGCACCUCACUCAUGCCGGCUGCUUCCUCUGCGCUCGCUGCUGCUGCCGGCGGCGCUGCAUGCGGUGCUGCGGUAUGCCAUCGCCUCCUGCGUGCAGCGAGGGGUGCUGUGGCUGCAGCAGCGGGGGAGGCAGGCUCCGAGGGCCGACUCCCCCGACCCGUUGGACGCCUACUUCCCAGAGUUGGCGGCGGCGUGGGCCGGCGCACUGGUGGCCGACGUGCUGCUGUUUCCUGCGGAGACAGCCCUGCACCGCCUCAGCCUCCAGGGAACCAGGACCAUCAUCGACGCCACCGACGGCGCCGGGGCGGGAGGAAACGGACCGCUUGUUCUGCCCGUGAACACGCAGUACGACGGCGUAUCCGACUGCCUGCACGCCAUGCGCCGCCGCGAGGGAACCGCUGGAUUCUACCGCGGUUUCGGGGCGCUGGUGGCGCAGUACGCACUGCACGGCACGCUGCUGGCCGCCGCCCGGACUCUGCUGCGGCUGCUGCUGCUGGAGGGCCGCGCCGCAUAGACGCCACGGAGACGCCGCGCUGCCAUGCUGUCACCAUGACAACGACACCUGAGAGAAAAGGAGAAAGAUGUGCUGUAAACAGGAAGCUAUGUGGUCACAGCAACGAGGGCUUUUACUUUGAAAUAUUAAACAGUUUAUUUCCUGUUGAUGUUACAAGGUGUAGUUAUAACAGGAGAGGAUUCUGGGUAAUCGGCAGGUAUUGUUUGUCGUCAUGGUGACAGCUGUUCAGAAAACAUCUUUUAUUUUUUUCAGAAACUGAAUGAAGAGUGAUCGUGGGACUGAAGAGCAGUCGGCCCCUUUUGAUUAGCUUAGCUUAGCACAAAGACUGGAGGCGAGGGGAACAGAUAGCCAACAGGAAGUCAGGUGUGUUGGAGCAUGUUAACCUGUCCUCGCACAUCAAAAGUCCUCGCUGUACAAAUACAAAUGUAUUCAAAGUAGAUUUAGAAUCAAUGAUAUGUGAUUCAUAUUUAAAUCAAUAUUAAGUGACUUAAUAAUAAAUGAUAAAGCAGAAGCAAAGGUUUGGUUUUUCAAAAUAAAAGUCUGAAAUGUGAAAAUAAAUAAAGGUGUUUUAAUGUAUUAUUUUUUUUAUUCAGUUUAAAUCCUGAAUCUGCACUUUUGUGUUUGCCUGUUGUAAAUGUUAAACUUUGCACUGGUAGAGAAAUAAAACCUGUGAAUCUGUUCCAUGUUAAAUAAAUGUAUGUAAACAAA